AUGUCGGAAACAGAAGAGGAGUGUGAAGGAGGAUUAGAGAGGAGGAGUAAUUUAGGGAGGAGGAAGAGGAGGAGCUGCAGAUGGAGGAAGAGGAGGCGUCCUGUCCGUUUGUGUCCAGUGGAGAAGGAGAGAGGAGCGGCCGCCAUGUUGACUAAGAAGCCCGGAACCUCGGUCCUCCCGACGGGCAAAGUGGGCGAGCCGGUCUACUCUCCAGGUCACAGUGGCUCUCAGACAACGUCGCCUGUCGCGCUGCCGCGACUUCGCAACCACAACGCCCUGACGGGAGGCUCUAAAAUCGCCAUGUCGGACGCCGUCCGGCUGUCGUCGCAGUCGCAGGUCCACGUCACCCAGCUGUACGAGGAGAACACCAACAAGCGUCCGGUGCUGACUUCCCAGCCCAAUGGCCUGGCUCCUCUCAGCUCCACCCGGCCGGGCCUGCCGCUGCCAGACCGCCAGACCACGGCCUCGGAGCCCCCCCACCACUGCCGGCAGGGCAGCGCCGCCUCCAACAAGUCGACGGACAGCAAGCCAAAGCCCACGCCCUUGACCCCGGAGCAGGCCAUGAAGCAGUUCAUGUCCAAAAUGUCGUCGCUCGAGCAUCACGAGGUGUUCAGCUACCCUGAAGUGUAUUUUGUUGGUCCGAAUGCUAAGAAGAGGUCAGGGGUCCUCGGUGGAGCCAACAACGGCGGCUACGACGAUGAUCAGGGAUCCUACAUCCACGUUCCACACGACCAUAUCUCCUACCGCUACGAAGUCCUGAAGGUCAUCGGCAAGGGAAGCUUUGGACAGGUGGUGAAGGCCUUCGACCACCGGUCGCAGACCCACGUGGCUCUGAAGAUGGUCCGCAACGAGAAGCGCUUCCACCGGCAGGCAGCGGAGGAGAUCCGCAUCCUGGAGCACCUGAGGAAGCAGGACAAGGACUCGAGCAUGAACGUCAUCCACAUGCUGGAGAACUUCACCUUCCGAAACCACAUCUGCAUGACCUUCGAGCUGCUCAGCAUGAACCUGUACGAGCUCAUCAAGAAGAACAAGUUCCAGGGCUUCAGCCUCCCGCUGGUCAGGAAGUUCGCCCACUCCAUCCUGCAGUGUCUAGACUCGCUGCACAAGAACCGCAUCAUCCACUGCGACCUCAAGCCCGAGAACAUUUUACUCAAGCAGCAGGGACGCAGCGGCAUCAAGGUCAUAGAUUUUGGUUCUAGCUGUUACGAACAUCAGAGAGUUUACACCUACAUCCAGUCCAGGUUCUACCGAGCGCCAGAGGUCAUUCUGGGCUCCAGGUAUGGGAUGCCUAUCGACAUGUGGUCUCUGGGCUGCAUCCUGGCCGAACUGCUGACGGGUUACCCGCUGUUGCCGGGCGAAGACGAAGCCGACCAGCUGGCCUGCAUCAUCGAACUCCUGGGCAUGCCGAGCCAGAAGCUCCUCGACGCCUCCAAGAGAGCCAAGAACUUUGUGUCGUCCAAAGGCUACCCGCGGUACUGCACGGUCACCGCGCUGCCCGACGGCACUACCGUGCUGAAUGGCGGCCGCUCGCGGCGGGGGAAGGUACGCGGCCCGCCGGCCAGCAAGGACUGGAGCGUGGCGCUGAAGGGUUGCGAUGACCCGCUGUUCCUGGACUUCCUCAAACAGUGUCUGGAGUGGGACCCGGCGCUCAGGAUGACGCCCAGCCAGGCGCUGCGCCACCCGUGGCUCAGGAGGCGACUCCCCAAGCCGCCGAUGGGCACCACCGCGGGAGAAAAGACCUCCUCUUCCUCCAAACGGGGCACUGCCCCCACAAACGAUGGAGCCAUCACCUCCAUCUCCAAACUCGCCCCCGCCUCCUCAACCACCACGUCCUCCUCCAAAACCAGGACUAACUUGGCAGCGAUCACCGACGCCAACGGGAACAUCCAGCCUAGGACGGUGCUGCCCAAACUGGUCAGCUGAGAGUGAACGCACCCUCAACGCUCGCUGUGGCAGGAGCCGUCGUGAAGCCGUGUUCGUCAGCGAACCGGCUGGAACUUAAAAUAAAUCUGGUUUUGUCCAGUUUUUUAGAGGAGCGUUAGUUGUUUUUUCACGCUGGGUUUCACAGCGUUGUUGGGAGUGCGUUCAGGAUGUGGAAACUAUUCCCGCGUUGUGGGUUUUUAAAAUGUUCAGAGCGGCCCGGCUGGGGAUGUAAGCCGAGCUGAAGGAAACUUUAUUGAUACACUGGGGUGCGUUCAGACUCCUCGCUCAGAAAAAAGACCCACUGUGAGCAGUAAGACAGGAAGUGACCCAUAUGUUUAUAAUGAUUGUGGGGCUACUCAGACAAUCCGAACACAUCACUCUGUAGCUCCAAACACUCAAACACAUUGAAAAACAUGGUGCUGACGGAGGGAACAAGGCUUUUUUUAUGUUUUUAACACAGAAUCUAUUUAGCUGAGCUGAUUAAUUAAUUAAUCAACACCAAAAACAACUUUUUAGGACCUGAGUCUUACAAGGUUUUAUCUUCAGACAAUUGUAGUGCGAUAUGUUAAUGUAGUUUACCGACAAAUACGUCCGAUAUAUCCCCGCGAUACUGAGGUUACAGCUGCAAAAAUGCAACGAUUAGCUUGCUAAUCUUUGUCUCAUAUCACGAUGAAAUCAUUUUUGUUUCAGUUUGGGGAACAUUGGUAGGCAUUUGUCAUCACUUUUGACUUUUGAAAUGACACAACUAAUCAAAAACAACCCUAACUGAACCAUCUACCUGUUAGCUGGCUAACGUUCUUAGGUAGCUGUUUUUGUACAGUGUGUAGCUAGCCUGUGUUAUCAUACUAGGUUUGUGCCUGUCGACGGGCUAACUGCUAACUGGCUAAUAACCACUGGUUAGUUGUUAGACAGCUAAUUUGUUUGUGUUUGGGUGUCACUUUGCUACCCAUUAGAUUUUUAACCGGCUAGCAGUUAGCCUAGCAAACUUUGACUCAGUCAGCUAGCUAUAGCUGGCUCACGAUUUGCCUUUUCUUGGCAGUCUGGUGGCUAGCCUUAGCCUCUUUUUAGCCAUAGCCUGUUAGCUCUCCACUGCCCAGCCUUACGAAGCACAGAUUUAGAGUUUUUAAGUGGUUUUUUUCAUAGUUUUCUGAAGGUUAGCAGAAGAGAAGGGAGUUGAAAAAAAAAGUAUGUUUGGGUUAAGUAGCGGCAUUUUGUUCCCUAUUUUUAUUAUCCAAAUCUGAUUAUUAGGGAUGCAAAAUGGCUGAAGGAGCUGUGAAGAAGGUAGAGAAGGUAGAGUAAAGGCAGUUAUAUGGACACGUUAUAAAUCAUGUUUAAAUCAAAGGGCUUUGAUAGAAAAACAAAAAAUGGGAACGUUGUUAACCAAAGUCUUUCCUAUUUCAAACUGGGACUGCAGUACGACAUGAAUGAGCAUUUAAUUAGAUAAACCUGAAAUUAAAUGAACAUGUUCAACCAGUCAUUAAUGCAAAAACAAGAUCAAAACGCUAAAAUAACAAUAUGCUUGUUCUGUACUGCUGAUCAUUCAGGGCCAUUUUAAAAACUAUAUUUUAGGGACAGCAAUUUUAAAUAAUUACUUUUAUGAAUUAAUGUCAACAGAAAAGACAUUUUUAGCUUACAAAUAAGAAUCCGGGCUUCAGGAAAAGACUUUCAGACGCCAAAUGAAAGAUAUAUCUUACGUAACGUCACAGCAUAGAGCAGUAUUUGUUUAGGAGGCUGUGAAACGGGGAGGAAAAGGUGACACAUGGCAAACAGAGCUGAAUGUCUUUUCCAGUGGCUGUUAGGAUAUCACAGCUUUAAAUAACGAUUUAAGCAAAGUCUAUAUGGAGCCUUUGAGUCUGAAUAAUAAAGAGUUUUAUGGCCGUUCGUUAUGUAACUCGAGCCCAGCAGCAGAUAUAGCCUGAAGCUAUAAGUGUACUUUACAUAAAGGACUACUAGCUGUGUAUAUGGAGAUACAUUCUUCUGGGUUAAACUGCUGGGUUUUGUCUCACAUGAAGCUGUGAACCGCGAUGUAAAUUACUACACCAAUUGAAUGCCUCGUGAAGACUUUGCUCGGGUGAAAAUUCAGACGAGAAGUUGUAAUUUUAUUUGGAAAAAAAGCCACAUUGUGAGCAGCAAAGCCACAAUCUACUGUCUCAAAAAGAGGAAGAAUCUCUGUAGCUAACGCGAUGUUAGCAUGUUGUGACUGAUAGUGACGGUGCUCCGGUUUUAAAAUCAGGGUUUCUUUCAAAGUAAUAAACACUUCUGAGAGAAUUUAGACACUAAACAUAUCCGCUUAACACACAUAUAUACACAACUAUCAUUUAAAAA